AUGGACAGCGCUCGGGUGCAGAGCUCUGUGCGCCCAGCAGGCGGCGGUGCGGAGCUGGGGAGGAGUGCCCUUCUCAGCCUUUCCGCGGCUCCCGGGACCCACUCCUGGAUCCCAGCUCCGCGCGGUGCUGCCCAAUGCAGCGCUCAGGAUUCGAAGUUCUCCCUCAUCUUUACUCUGGCAUCCUUUGCAAACAACUUCGUGACAUUCCCCACCGGCUACAUCUUUGAUCGCCUUGGAACCACCGUAGCCCGACUCAUUGCCAUAUUUCUCUACACUGGGGCCACCCUUCUUGUAGCUAUCUCCUCUGCAGGUACGGCACCAAUGCUCUUUGCUGCCUUCCCGAUGCUUGCUGUUGGAGGCAUCCUGUUUCUGCUUACCAAUUUGCAGGUGGGGAACCUAUUUGGGAAACAUCGAUCCACCAUCAUCACCCUCUACAAUGGGGCGUUUGAUUCCUCCUCUGCGAUCUUUCUCAUCAUUAAGCUCCUCUAUGAGCGGGGCCUGCCACUCCGAGUGUCCUUCUUCAUCCUCUGUGCCUUCAGCAUCUUUCAUCUCUUCCGGACUUUCUUCCUCAUGCCCAGGGGCCACAUACCCUAUCCAGUGCCAUCCAACUACACUUACGGCAUCAGCUGUUCAAUGGGAGCUAAUGGGUCCCAAGGAACAAAAGGCGAAAGAGUCAGGAAGGAAGAGGAGGAACUGAGGCAGGAGGCCAAUAGUUCUUCCCCAGCUCUUCAAGAGACAGCCGGGGCUGAACAGAAUGGUCCUCUCUCUUUCCGGAGCUGUAUUCUCUCCUGGAGAUUCUUUUGGCACCUGGUCUGGAUGUCUGUGAUGCAGCUGUGGCACUACCUCUUCAUUGGGACCCUCAACCCCAUGCUGAACCAUCUGUCCAACGGGAACCAGGAUCAAGUCAGCUCCUUUACAAAUGCCUUUGCCAUCACUCAGCUCUUUGGGGUGCUGUGUGCCCCCUGGAAUGGAUUCAUGUUGGAUCGCCUUAAGAAAAAAUACCAGCAGGAGGCGAGAAGAAAAGGUUUUCCAGAAUCCAUGGCAGAUCUUCACUGUACCUUCCCAUCCUUGGCUCUGACAUCUCUGUUGUGCCUUGCCUUCUCCAUCUGUGCCUCCAUUCCCAUCCUCAAGCUCCAGUAUUUCACCUUCAUCCUACAAGUUAUUAGUCGGUCUUUCCUGUUUGGAGGGAAUGCUGCCUUCAUCACUUUGGCCUUUCCUUCCCAGCAUUUUGGGAAGAUCUACGGGACAGUGAUGAUGUUGUCAGCAGUAGUCACAAUUCUACAGUUCCCCAUCUUCAUCCUCAUCAAAGGGCCACUCCAGGGGAACCCUCUCUAUGUAAAUAUUGUGCUGAUAUUGUUCACUCUUCUCUCCUUUGUCCAUCCCUUCUUGGUAUCGAGAGUGUGGUAUCGCCAGGGAAAACAUGUCUAAUUGUUUUAUGUCUCAAUGCUCCCCCUCCUUCCAGCUCAGGGCUUUAUGGUAGUGUAGCUUGCUGCCUUUCCUCAUCCCUUCCUCUAAGUGUGCUAUUGAACCUCCUUACAAGUGGGUGGGAGGAACGGGAAGGGAUGUGCCUAGGAAGGCAUUUCCUCUAAACUGAGGUCAUUUAUCUGCCAUGGGACA